GAAGUGCUGAAGAAGCUCUUACUUUUGAGAUGGCUCGUACGAAGCAGACUGCAAGGAAAAGUACUGGAGGUAAAGCUCCUAGGAAACAGUUAGCUACUAAGGCUGCGAGGAAAAGCGCACCAGCUACCGGUGGUGUUAAAAAACCUCAUCGUUACAGGCCUGGUACUGUUGCUCUCAGGGAGAUUCGUCGUUAUCAGAAAUCAACAGAAUUGCUGAUCCGCAAAUUGCCUUUCCAACGUUUAGUCAGGGAAAUUGCACAAGACUUUAAGACCGAUCUUCGAUUCCAGAGCUCAGCGGUUAUGGCUCUUCAGGAAGCCAGUGAAGCUUACCUGGUAGGAUUAUUUGAAGAUACCAACUUACUUUCUGUUGCAAAAAUGUCUGGCCGUGGUAAAGGAGGCAAAGGUCUUGGUAAAGGGGGUGCCAAAAGGCAUCGCAAGGUCUUGAGAGAUAACAUCCAGGGUAUCACAAAACCAGCAAUUAGGCGCUUGGCAAGACGAGGUGGAGUAAAGCGUAUUUCCGGCCUCAUCUAUGAGGAAACGCGAGGAGUUCUGAAAGUUUUCUUGGAAAAUGUGAUCCGAGAUGCUGUCACCUACACAGAGCAUGCCAAGAGGAAAACUGUCACUGCUAUGGAUGUCGUUUAUGCAUUAAAGAGACAGGGACGUACUCUAUAUGGAUUUGGAGGUUAAAUAUCAUUACCUUGCCCUAAU